AUGGCUGCUAUCACCCAAGGCGUCAAGGACUUCCUCAAGAGCUCUCACAAGCCCGACUCCACCGAGGUUUGCUCGGAGGUCGCCCCGGAAGUCACCCAGGAGCACAUCCGUCCCCAGGAGCACACCGAGACCGUCGAGGCCAUCGACCGGGAACGUCAUGUCCACCACCACCAGCACCGCGUCCAGCCCAUCGAGGACCACAAGGUUCUCGAGACCAAGCACGUCCAGUCUACCGCCCCCGCCGUCGUCCGUGAGCACAAGGAGGACAUGCUCCCGGAGCACCAGCAGAAGCUCCACGAGCAGCGCUCUGCCCACACCGACACCACCCGUGUCGGUGAAGUUGAGCGCUCGGCUGCCCACCUCGGUACGCACGUGAACCAGCACGAGCACCACCACAUCCACGAGACUGUCCAACCCGUCAUCCAGCGCGAGACUGUCCAGCCCACCACCGUCCACCACACCGUCGCCGUCCAGGAGAAGAUCCACGACGCCCCCAUCGUCCACGAGGCUACCGUCCUUCCCACCAUCUCCCACGCCGACUUCCUCAAGCAGAAGCAGGCGUCCGGUCCCAUGGCUCACGCUGACGAGGGACACAAGCACUCGUUCUUUAGCGGGGCACCCAAAAUUGGGUCCAAGGAGGCUGGGGAGUCGUCUACCCACUAG